AUAAACUGAUAGCACUGUUCAGAUUGCACCAGCCCAAUUGGGAAAUCUGUUGUCUUCCUGAAGAGCACAUCAGAGGUGGAGGGGGAGCAGAAUCUGUGAGCCACGGGGAGGGGACAUACAGUGCCACAGAGGGUGACCCCCCUCCCUUUACAUUUUGAGCUCAGAGUGGCAUUGAUCGACAGGUGUAUAAUUGUGACCGUCAGGAGUAAGACACAAGGUGUGAUAGACCUCUUCAUCGCUGCAAAGACUUGUGAAAAAGAGUGCGCAAGUGGGGAAGCAUCAUUUUAAACAGCUAAUUAUUCUUGCCAUCAAUGUGAAUCCUGCAUCCAGGAAGCAAUCUAAAGCCAAGAUCAAUUUAGGGAAGUGAUUGCUCAGGAGACGUGACAGAGAAUCUAGAAUGUCCCACAGUAGUUAUUAUGAGUAUGAGAAGAGGGGUCAAAGUUCAGCAUAUACAGCCCGUUUAAGUGGGCCCCACUCAGAACUCGUGGGGGGCAAUCUCUGUGACCCUGAAACAUCUGUGGAUUUGUCAUCUUACAUGGACACAGGAGAAGAAAUUCUGUCUGAUCUGUUUCCUCUUAAACAGGAACGGCUUAAAGGCACAUAUCCUUAUAUCCCUCCAGAAGGACUGCCCUCUGCUGCCCUAUAUGGAUAUGCCCCAAGCAAUGCUCCCGAGCGCAGAAUGGGGGGUUAUGAAUCUGGGGGGGUAAUUGUAAAGGAAGAGACCCGUGGCAUCCACAGGGGUGUGUGUAACACUCUGCAGUAUCAGGUGGCACAGUGCGCACAGACAGCAAUGCACCUGACCUCUCCUCUGGAGAAUGUACAUCCGGCCCUGCGAGUUCUCAAGGGGUCUAUCUCAGGGAUGUUAUCUGGCUCACCUUUAAAAGAUACUGCAUCAAAGGGUAAGAAGGGUUUAAGUAAAGACAGUCUGGAAUACCGCGUACGCCGGGAGAGAAACAAUAUUGCAGUGCGAAAGAGCCGAGACAAAGCCAAACGUCGAAACCUGGAGACUCAGCAACGUGCACUGGGAUACAUGGCAGAAAAUGAGAAACUCCGAAACCGUGUCCAGCAGUUGACUCAGGAGCUGGAUGCUUUGAGGGGUGUCUUUAGACAGAUUCCUGAGGCAGCAGCUAUGAGCAAAGGACCAGGAGGGUGUAGCUGAUAACCCCAAGGAGUGCAGUGGACCCCAGAGUAUUAUUAGGCUUGUUUUUGUGAGUUUUUCAAGUAUAAGAUCUCCCCACAGUGGUUUUCUAGAGCCCACUUAUUUUUAUAAAUCUGAACCUUUCAACACAUGUCCCCAGAGUUGGAACUAGGGGUAGACAGAAGAGGCACCUGCAUUGGGCUCAACAAUGGAGGGCACUGGGCACAUACUUUUUGAAGAGUUUACUGCCUAAUUCUAGUCUAGACUCUUUUACUCCCACUGCCCCCACUGGUAAUCACUAGGGCAUCUGGUUGGCUUGGCCUGCCUCUGCUUCUACCUUCAGAUGUUGUUCAACUACAACUUCCAGUAUCCACUGACAGCAAAUGACUGAUUUUAGGUGUUGGGAUUUGUACUUUAACAACCACUGAAUGGCCCCCGAUUAGACAAAACAGAUAUACAUUUUUGCUGUCCAUUUCUUUCCCCUGCAGUUGCCGUAUUUCCCAUCAUACCUGCGGUGUUCCACUUUUCCUACCUACUGCCGCUUCACAGAGGCCCAACUAUAUACAGGGCCCAGGGCAGCUGCCACCAUUAGCUCCUUACUGAAGAUAGCUCUUCCAGGAGUUGUAAUCCUACUACAGAUAUGAAACCUAUUAUCCAGUAUGCUCGGGACCUAAAGGUUUUCGAAUAAGGGAUAUUUCUGUAAUUUGGGCCUCCAU